AUGACAAGUGGAAUCCAGGAUGAAAUUCCUCUUGGUCACUCCAAAAGAAAAAAGGCUAAGGGAAUAAAUUCAUUAGAUAGUAUUGUUCCAGCAGCUGUACGCCAGCCAUUUGAAAGAAGAGACCCUCUGUCUCCUGAGGCGCAGGAUAUUGCGACUCAGAGGAAACGCAAAAAGAAGAAGUUGCUUCCAGAAUCGGAGACUUCCUUCACCAAGCAGAAUGGAAACGGCUUGGAUCCUCAGCCAGUUGAAGAAAUUCUAACUCGUAAACCUCGGAAAAAAGUCAAGAAAACUCGGGCAGCCGAAAAUGCCAAUGAAUUAGGCGUGGAGGAAGAGGAUAUAAUUGAAGAGGAGCAAGUCAGAAGCUCUGAACAACAUCCUGUCUUUUCUGCUCCCGUCGGUGUUAGCCAGCCUAUUAGCAAGGUGUUUGUUGAAAAAAAUAGGCGUUUCCAGGCAGCUGACCGCAAUGAUUUGAUCAAAACCACGGAAAACAUUGAUUUGUUUCUGGACGUGAAGGCUUCUUGGACCACCAAAGAUGUGGCACUCUCGGUUCACCAUGGUUUUAGGGUGGUUGGACUUUUUACUCACGGCUUCCUCGCGGGCUAUGCCGUCUGGAACAUCAUUGUGAUUUACGUUCUGGCAGGGAACCAGCGGUCCGCUGCCUCCAACUUGCUGGAGCAAUAUAAGACAUUGGCUUAUCCUGCGCAGAGUCUCCUUUACCUUCUUCUUGCCAUUUGCACAGUUUCAGCUUUCGAUCGGAUUGACUUGGCUAAAGCAUCCCUAGCACUACGGAGCUUUCUGACUCUGGACCCAGCAGCAAUUGCCUCUCUCCUGUACUUUGCAGCACUCGUCUUGUCACUGAGCCAGCAGAUGACGGGUGACAGAAUCAACCUGUACACGCCGCCUUCAGAGAACGGCAGCUUGUGGACCUCAGGUGCAGAGGAAAAGAUUCUUCAGCCCUGGAUUGUGGUCAAUCUAGUAGUAGCACUCCUCGUUGGUCUCUCCUGGCUCUUCUUGUCCUAUCGGCCUCAGCUGGAUCACAGUGAAGAGCUGUUUAACGCUGAAAUUGAAGACUACCCCCCGCUAGAAAAAGAAGCCCAAAUCUCUUAAUGAAACGAAGAACCUCUUCAAAAACUAAAGCCAUGAUGGUUGAACUUUAUAUAUUUAUACUUGUAUGUCAUGUUUUGUAUUAAAAUAUGUUUUCAUGUUGUAUGCACAUUUUGUAUUGAUAGUAUAAUUACACAGCUUUUUUGUAUUUUCUGUAGUUCUUAAACGGUAAGACAAUGUCGUCCCUUAUUUCUUCAAGAAUCUUCAGAAAUGACUCUGUCAAUAUACCUAGUUUUACUAAUAUCAUUACUGAUAGAUCAAAGUAAGAUGAACUGGGAAAGUCAUAAUUAAAGGACCAUGACUCUGGCAGGAUUCAUCUUUAGCAGCCACCACUGCAGAGUUUGUUUUUUACCCUUCCACCUGAAUAGAAUCUCUCUUUGGUCAAAUAUCCUUUACAGCUAAAACUGAGUCUCUGUAAAGAAAACUCGAAAGCUGAGUGCGUUUCUGUUCAGAACAUCACACUGUUAUUGCCAAUUUGUCUACAAGAGUUUGUAAACUUGCAGAUUAGUGCUUUAUGGUCACAGUUUGCUAAGGAUACCGACAUCUGUAUGUUAACUUGUAAAGAUUGUAUUGUACAAAUGGAUUCAUGAAUCCAAUCCGACAGGAGCAUAAAUCAAUGUACACCUUUGUCUUUAAGACGCCUUAAAAACAAAUGAUAUGUAUAGAUUUCAGAGGAAUGUACAAAUAAGAUUCAGGAUCAUGGCCAAAAUCUGUUUAAAUAAGGCAGCAAUUCUAAGGGCACUUUCUUAGGACUAAGCCCUAUUGAAUAACAUAGGACUUCCUUCUGAAUAGGCAUAUUUAGGAUUGCUCCCUAAGCAUGCUCCAGUUUAAUUUGUUGAGUGAGUUUCCCACGAGAGAGUGUCUUUAUACAAGGUAUUUUAAAUGGAAUUUGUACAAUUUUUCUCAUCAUACCAUCGAUUGUUUAUUUUUGAAACUCAAUACUGGUUUUAAAAAUAAGUACGAAUCUACC